UUUUAUAUUCAUUAAAUCUAAAAAUAAUUAAUAUAUACAAGUAUAUAAAUUUAUUUCAGAUACAUUCGGGUAUCCAAAAUACUUCGGUUCGGAUCGGAUUCGGUUUUGCUUCUCCAAAAACCAAAAUUUUGAAUCAUUCGGAUAUUUAAUCAAUUUCGCUUCGGGUUUGGUACUACUUUUUCGGAUAGCGGUCGGUUCGGUUCUUAAGUUUCGGGUAUUUUGCCAAGCCCUUAUAUUAUUGACAUGAAAAACAAAUAGAAACAUAUUUUUGGAAAAAAUACACCUGCGCGGGUCAAAGUCUAAGUUUGUAUUAUAUAUACUACUAAAUAGAAAUGUACAACGUCCUAUACUCAAAUGUAAAAUGAAAAUUUGGAAAAGUAUAUAAGAUGAAAUCCGUUCCAAAAUGAUAUUUCCAAUUAUAUAUCGGUCUGAAUUUGAUAAACAUUUGCAUAUGACUAAUAUAGUUAUAACGAAUUUGAAAAUAAAUAUAAUAAUAGUUAUUAGCAAAAGAGGAAAAAAAGUGUUAGCAUCAAUUGAGAACUACCUUAUUUUCUGGAUGUAUUAUAUUUGAAACCGUAGAAUGGGUCCAGGAGUUCCCCCAAACACUUCAGUGGGUAAUCUUCAUAAGAAAUUGUAUACCCAAUGAAGUGCUCAGAGGAACUCUAGGAGACAUCCGACCAAGAAUAUUGAUACUUAGUUUAUAUGUUACAGGUUAGCAUUGCAUGUAUAUAUAUGGGUGUAAAUAUAUUUAGCAAAAAAAAAAAUAUAUGGGUGGAAAUAUGAACACAAGUGAUUGAUGUCAUGACCAAGGAAAGCAUUUUGAAUGUAGACGUUAGUUGGGGUAAAAGGAAAGAGUAAGGAGAAUAAGAAUUUUGCAAAAAGUCCUUACGGCUUUUCACAAGGUAGAAAAGAUUUAAACACGUAACGUAAGUAGAGAUUCUGUUAUAUUUUAUGUGCUCGAAGUGCCCAUACCGGUUCUUGCUACAUUUUGAAAAGGAUAUACUCUUCAAUAGUUAAUUUUGUAUUUUUCAUUAUUUUGGAGAAAAGCUUAGUAACAUCUUGUUCCUGAUCAACUGAUUAAAAAAAAAUGAUGAUCAUCAACAAAAAAUAGUCUUACAACAUAUUAUAUAUAUACACUAAUAAAUGAUGUAAAGAAUUGUUCUUCUUAUAACUGAAAUCGACUGAUUCUUUGAAACUAACUAGUUAACAAAAGAAGAAAAAAAAAACUCUUUAGCCCCAUACGUGGUGCAUCGUAUGAUUGUAUCAAAUUUAUAUAUUGAAUUGAAAAAUUCAAAGUCAAAUAGAUGAUGUAAGAAGCGAUUAACUGAUAGUUAUGGAGAAUAUAUGGUAUACACAUUAAUUUGAUGAGUGAUAAUAAACAAAAGAAGAAGAAAAGACAUAGAGUAUCAGUGUGAAGAAUACUUCUGUCGUUUCAAAAUAUUUCCGAGCAAACGGAGGGACAAAAUAAAAAUAUUCUGUCAAAUACCUAACGAGGCCCAACAUUUCGACUCGAUUCAUCUUUCACAUAAUCGAAUUUCCACACGUUCUUUAAUUGAUUUAUUCGAAUAUAAGAUUAUUGGUCCCAUUAUGAAAAUUUUGAUUGGAGACCUUUGCAAAUUGCAGUGAUAUAUAAAUAGGCAUGCAAUUUGUAUUAUUUUAUCAGGCCAAGCUAGAAGAAAGUCAAAUGCCCCCAUGAGUUCCCUUUAACGCUUCAUUGUGAUUACUCCAGUCACAUUUAUUUUUCUUAAAUGUUUGGUCGAUUUUUGUAUACAACACUGAAGUGUUUGGGGGGACUCGUGGUGCCAUUCUGGCGUUGAAGUGGUGACUGUUGUACCGAUUUUUAUGGUUUCUUUUAAAUUAGUAAGUUUUCAUAGUAUUCCACAUGUUUUCAUGAAUUGUCUUUCUAUCUUAUAAAUUUAAGGUUCAAUGAUAAAUGCAUAGGACAAUCUUGUUUCAAGUUUGGUUUUGGUACAUUUCUUCUUUUGGUUUUAUGAUCUGUUGUAGCAAGUGAAAUCAAUUUUGUAGGUUUACUCUUGAGACGUCAAAAGUCGGAGUGGAACUAAAUCUGGGGGAUUAGGCAAUACCUUACUUAGGAGAUUGAAGGAAAGUUUUUUAGGCUAACAAACACAAAAUUUGAAGGACAGUCCUCAAAAAGGGGCUUCUUUGACUGCAAAUAUGUUGCAAUGUGGGAGGCUAAGUUGAAGCCAAAUAUGUCUGAUGUAUUAUCUACUCUUAAAAGAGUUCUACUUCAAACUCGGUCAUGACAUUGACAUCUUCCUCUCUGCUGCCGGAGAAACAUAUAGGGUGUAACUGGAAACUAUUUUAUGGAAUCCCUAUAUAUUAUUUGAGAAUUUUUUAAAAAUUUAUAACCUCAAUUUUGUAUUAAUUACAAUAUGUAAUUGCUGAGGUGUCAUUGCUUAACAUCUUUAUAUUGCUUAUGUGGCAGCCUUAUAAUGACUUUAGAAAAAUGUUAGACUAACUUACUUUUUCCUAGAGAAAUUUAUUAACAUUACAUUAAACAGUCCGUGUAUUUACAUUGUUAUAAAAUGUAUCAUAUUCGACAAGACUUGCAUUAACCAGUCUGGUCGUAUGGCCAUUACGAAAUUAGUUCAAAGCUUCGUCACCAUCACAAAUUGUAUUGUGAUCGUUUAUUAACCACUAAAGCUAAUUCAAAGCUUCGUCACCCACACAAAGUAAUAACUAGAUGUUAUCAUCCUUUCACAAACACAUCGUUAAAAUCAAGGAUGGCAAUCUAUAACACAUGAUAUGUAAUAAUUUGAUGCUCAUAAGAACGUCAGUUGGCAAGAGAGAAAAUCUAUAACACAUUUCUCAAUUGGCAAGAAAACAAUAUGGUCGUUGGUGAAGUAAAUAAAAUAGUAUGUUCAUUCCUCUGUUUGUUUCACAUGGUCCAGAACUGUUUUCACUGUUCGUGUGAUCACAAUAAUUAAAUUGCAAUCUCUGGGCAAAAAUUGCCUAACUGGUUCAGAUCAAAAAGGCUAAACCGAAUCUGUAGUUAAGUUUAUAUGUUGACCGGUUUCAAGACACUAACCGUUUAUGAAAAGGAAACCAAUCGUGAAAGACAAUUUUUUUUUUCUAAUAGCUUUUUAUGUCUUUAUGGACAAGACUAGGUGUUAAUUAAAAUUAGCAUAACAAAGUAAGUGAUGGAAACUAAUCGUAGAAAAUAAAAAAGUGUAUCAAUUUUCCCUUAUUGCUUCAUGAAUUUAUAUAUGGUUGGUGAAUAUAUCGUCUAUAGAAACAAUCUCAUUUAAAUAUAUAUAGUAGUUAUUGUGGGAGGCUAAAAUCUAGCAAUUGCCAAAAUUAAAUGAUUCAAUGCUUUUUUUUUUAACGCUGAUUUAUUAUGAUCUUACAAUUAUGAUAUGGAAAGAUUACAUAGACGAUUCGACAACCGACAAUACUGUCUACCUUAUGAAGACCUACGCCUAACUGCAUCACAUGAGCCGUACUAUGAAGAUCCACGUCUGGCAAGAUUUACUUGCACCAUGUUGAAGAUCCAUUGUAAGCCUUUAUUCCGUAGUCUGCAUAAUUGUUUAAUAAAUCGCUCUCUCCGGGACUUGAAACCUGGAUUUCCUGUAAUCUGCAAUAAAUUGCAUAGUCUGGGAUUCGAACCCCAGACCUGGGUGUAGAAGCCUUUAAACCUUAACCAAUAGGCUACGGUGCUUCUACAAUGAUUCAAUGCUUUUGAGAAGAAAAACACACAUGUACAUUUCAUUCAUUUAUAAUGGAUAAUGUAAAUAUUCUUAAAAAUCAAAUUUCACUCUUAUCCUAGUAGUCACUACUAUAUAAAAGAGGCUAAAUCCCUGCUUUCUAAGCACUGCCACAUGGGCAAAAAAAUUGAGCACUAAUCAAUUUGCCAUGUCAUCCCGGACUGGGCUUGAAUUAAAAAAAAUAAGCCAUUUUCGAAGCCCAUUAGACCCAUCUCACAGCCCAAUCCCGAGCCUCUCUUGAUAGUGUUGCAUAAUCCCGUGUUCUAAACAUCUCUCUCCUUCUACACCUAACCCUAAUCGCCGUCUCAUCCCUUCAUCGAUUCUCUUCCUCUCCCCUAACUCCUCCCGUAUAACGCCUCCGAUGAGAGUGCUGGCACUUCAAUGUGCUCCCAUAAAUCCCCCAUUCAAGAUCCCUACGGACCCUCCACAUCCCCCUCCGGCUCGAUGAUAUCUAGAUCCCUAUAUAUACCCUUAUCACUCUUACCUCAAAUCGUAAAAUCCAUACCCUUAUCAUGGCGAAAAACACUGCAAUUCUUACCGGCGAAGCUUCUUCUCCUCUUCCGACAUGUUUCACCAGGACCCGGUGAUUCCACCUUGCAGUUUAGGCUUCUUCAUUUCUGGGAAGCUCGCAAGAAUGUCAAAGGAGGACCCGACAUCCUUCUUGGGAUCGAGAUGCUUAUGAUCGAUUCGGAGGUAUGUCUUCCUGUCACAUUAUGCAUGUCGUUUUAGCUUCUGAUAUACACGAACAGUAAAUUAUUUAAGCGUAUCUUGAAAAAAAAAAUUGAUCAAUUGGGUUGAGAUGAAAUUAUAUAGGCGUAUCUUGAAAAAAACUUGAUUGAUUGGUUUGAGAUGAAAUUAUAUAGCUGUAUCUUGAAAAAAAACUUCAUUGAUUGGUUCCUAUCUUAUUAUGCAUGUCGUUUUAGCUUCUGAAAUACACGAACAUAAAUUUUUUUAAGCGUAUCUUGAAAAAAAAAAUUGAUCAAUUGUGUUGAGAUGAAAUUAUAUAGGCGUAUCUUGAAAAAAAACUUGGUUGAUUGGUUUGAGAUUAAAUUAUAUAGGCGUAUGUUGAAAAAAAACUUGAUUGAUCGGUUUGAAAUCAGAUUAGCGUAUCUUUGAUUGGUCUUCCUGUGUAUAUAUUAUAUUAGUGUGUCUUGAUCAGAACUGUUUAAACUGUUAUAUGAUUGGAGUUAUGUUGUUUUGCUAAUCACCGUAUAUCUGUUAAGCUUUUGUAUUGUUAACUUGAGAGUGUUGUGAUAGAGAAAGACCAGUACUUGAAAGUUUGUUUUUUUUUUUGCCUAAACCGCUUUUAAUUUUAAACAUUCUACUUAAGGAUAUUCAACUGACUCGAUAUUCUCUUCCUGUUUUGUAGGGUACUUUGGCUCAGGGGUUCAUCGGUCAGAACCUUCGUAACCAGUAUGAAAAACAGCUCCGGCGUGGGAGCAUCUACACACUGACAAGCUUCUAUGCAUCCAACAGCAAGGUGAUGUACCAUGUUGCUGAUCAGAGGCUGGUGAUUUGCAUCUCACACGCAUCUCACCUGUCGAAGGUUGAAGAAAACACUGAAGGGAUUUUGACAGAGCGCUUCAGAAUCCAUUCAUUUUUAGAUUUUGAAGCCAACUGCGAUCUCAGAGGGGAUCUUCACGGUAAAGUUUAACCAAUUGAGUAAUUUUUUUUCCUUUUUUGAGCAAUGCCAAUUGAGUAACUAUGCGUGUGACUAUGUGUUGUAGAUGUUGUUGGCCACCUUAAGCUGGUUUGACAGCCAGCCUCUCCAUCAGCGUCCGGUUUUGUGCACCAAUGAUGACUCAGCUUCUCGGAAAGUUAUGGUUCAGCUGUUGUAGUUCAACCAAUGCAUAUAUAUUGUUUUCUGAUUUAUGAUCCUUAUUUAAACAUCACUCUUUUUUAAACUGCAGCGGUCCAGUGAUUAACGUCUACCUAUGGAACGAGGCUGCGGAAAAUUUCCGUCUGAAGUUUGACGCCUGUGCAGCCACUCCAACGGUUCUAUUGGUCACAACGGUCAACCCUAAAAGACUCGGUGGUAAUCUCUCACACUUCAUAUAAGACCUCCUAAUCUUUCACACUCAGUUACUUAAACCUAUCACUAACUGCUUCUGUAUUGGCAGGGAAAUUGUGCCUAACUUCAAUGUCUUCAUCGAGAGUGUUUUUGGACGAAGAGGUUGACCCCACCAAGGAAUACUUGAACUGGUUAGUAUUUUUGUAUUCUAUUCAAACAUGUUAUCAUGCGACAUAUAUAUCGUUUUCUGAUUUAUGAUCCUUGAUGAUCGCGUGAUUAAAAUUUCUUUCCAAGGUUGAACACGAACCCUUCUGCAACUUCUACGGUCAACCCUGUUGAGGUGGUUAAGUCUGAGACGCUCACAAUAAGUGAGAUUGCUGCCUUCAUCAAGCGUCAGCCUGCUAAGGUAAUCCCAUUUGAUUAUUAAAUUCAAACAUUUUUCUGUGUUUAGUUGAUGACAGACCUUGGCAUGGGAUUACAGAUUGCCUUCUUUGACUGCAUUGCCACAAUUGAUGAUGUCAAGCUUGGCACUGAGUGGUAUUACAUUGCUUGCAAGGAUUGCCAGACAAAGCUAAACCGCGGGCCGACUACACUGCUUUGUCCAAAAUGCGGCAAUGAAAAUGCUACUGCAGUAGCCAACUACCGGGUGGAGAUGUCUGUGUAUGAUAAUGAGGAGCAGUGCACAUUCAUCAUUCUCGGAGAUGCUGGGAAAGAGCUCACUGGCAGGAAAGCAACAGAGUUGAUCGACACAUAUGUUGAGGAAAACGGGGGAGAUGGGGCUGAGCUUGAGGUUCCACUACCACAAUGUUUUAUCGAUGCAAUAGGACAGACUAAGAAAUUCAGGAUCAAGGUGGCGCCCUACAAUUUCACAUCUACACGCCUAUCCUUGACCGCUACCAAAAUUGUCUCAUCAGCAGUUUUGCCCCCAAAGAACCCCCCACUCAACACGCCACCAGGAACUGAAGUGAAAAUCUCAGAGUUAGCUGAGAGCAGUGGUGGUGGUACUUCAGCCACUGACGACCAGAAGAAUGCGUAGCGUACCAAGCAUAGUGGCUAGAUCAGAUGCAGUAAAGUCACUCCAUGAGUGGCUGGUACAGACUGCCCAGUCAUCAUGCUACUCUAAUAACAGUCUUCUCAUUUCUCUUUAAUAAAUUUGUUUUUUCUUCUUGCUAAGACAGUUUGUUAUUGGAAAAACCUUUUCGUUUGGCUUUCUUAUUAAAGUUGUUUGGUUCUCAUUAUUAUCUUGGUUAUGAAACUAUAGUUUUUAAUGUCUAGGUGUUCAUUAUUCGACUAAGAACAGGUAAACAAAACAAAAAGCAUGCAGUCAAUAAGGACUACGUACUUUAGAAAUCACAUUAUAGUAAAACAAUGCAUGCAUCGAAUCUUUAUGUCUAGCGAGAAGAUCAGUUCAGAUUCUCACAUAUUUGCCAGCAUAAAUCACGACAUAAUAAUAUUCUUCUAGCAUAAAGAAAAUUUCCAUAAGUCAUGCCAAAAUUGAAUAAAAUAUCUUCUACCAUUAAUACAAAUAACUAAAGAUAUGGAAACAAAACCAUAAGGUUUUUGAAAAGAUAUUCGGCCUCUGACUGUAACCUCAAUACGUCUCUACCAUAUCAAACACCCAUUGCCUCCACCGCGAUUCUCCUUCUAUCUUCCCAACUACGUCUUCGACGCCUGAAGAGGAAAACACCUACCGCCCCAUUAGGUAAGAAAUCGUAUCCCAUAAACCGGCUCUGCCCUUCGUCUCAGAAGCGAAUUAGCUUCACAUGCUUGCAUCAAUAUGACAAUAUCAUCCCUCUUACCCAAUCCUGGUUAACUAAGUUUAUUUAUCCCAGUUUGGUUCAUCGUAUCUUAGCUAUUUCUCCUUUUCGUUUAUUUGAUUGUUUAAGGAACGGCUGUCCCUAAACACCAUGGUGAAACUAACCUCCAAAGAUCCUCCGAGGAGGUAUUUUGAAUUUACAAGUUAUUUUUUUAAUCAAAAACAUUAUUAGUAUUAUUAUAUUAAUUUAAUACUAGAAUCCAAAACUCUAAUGAAACAAAUAUAAAAGGUCAUAAUUAUAAUUAUUUGCAAAUGUAGGUUUAUCUUUUAUUUAGUUUAAAUAUAUUUUUAAUUAUUUACAUCUUAUUAAAUUUGAUUUGUUAUAAUAUUUUUUUUAAACCAUAUACAACAAAGAUAUUAUUUUCCGAAAAAUAUGAAAAGUUAAAAAUUAGUUUCCAAAAACCCCACAAAUAAGAAAAAUCCUAUACACCCGAAAUUAUAUA